AUGGGUGCAGUUGUCCAAUCUUUACAACAAUUAACUGGUUGUAAUUAUUUCUUCUACUACGGUACUACAAUUUUCCAAGCUGUUGGUAUGGAAGAUUCUUAUCUGACUUCUAUAGUCUUAGGUGUUGUCAAUUUUGCAUCUACAUUCGCUGCAUUAUGGACUGUUGAAAGAUUUGAGCACAGAAGAUGUUUAUUAUUUGGUUCUGCAGCCAUGGCAGUUUGUUUUGUUGUUUUUGCUUCCACUGGUGUUACAGAAUUAUAUCCAAACGGUCAUGAUCAAGCUACUUCGAAAGUAGCGGAUAACAUUAUGAUUGUCUUCACUUAUUUAUUCAUUUUCUUCUUUGCGACUACAUGGGCACCUAUUCCAUUUGUUGUUGUUGCUGAAUCUUACCCACUUCUUAUCAAAAAUCGUGCAAUGGCUAUUGCAGUUGGUGCAAACUGGAUGUGGGGAUUCGCUAUUGGAUUUUGUACACCAUUUGUCACAAGUACUAUCAAUUUCUACUACGGGUUUAUAUUUUUCGGCUAUUUAAUUUUCUCUAUACUUUACGUGUUUUUCUUUGUUUGUGAAACCAAAGGAUUAUUAUUAGAAAAAGUUACUGAAAUGUACGAAGAAGGUGCUGUACCAUGGACAUCUACCACCUGA